CUCUCCCUCUCUCCCUAUAUCCUUACUCUCUCUCUGCCGAGUUUCUCCCUCUCUCUCUUCGAUCUUACCGCAAGCUCCCUCCUCCACAGUCUCUCUCUCUCCUUACCACCUCGAAUUCCUCUCCCCUGCUCAUCUGCGCUCUCUCUCUCCUGCUGCCUGCUACAUUCUCUCUCUUGCUUCCAUUAAUCUGUUUCUGCUUCGAGUAAAAAACUCUCUUGCAGUGCCUCUCACCUCGCAGUAAGGUUUACUCUUUUUCGCAGUUAUUUGAAAGAGAAAUCUCUCUCUCUAUCUCUCAAGUACUACUUAUUCUACACUCCACUUUGCUCAUUCCAUGAAGCUACCAUGAAUCCUCUUGAGGAACCGGCUUCAUUUCAGCUCCGCAAGCUCAAGCUCACCUCUUUGGAAGAUGAACACGAAGCUUUGCUACCAGAACUCGAUCAGUCAAAUGGAGAGACAAGAGACAGAGAAACCAAUGCUGCUUCAAAUGCUUGGAGUAGUGCUUUUCACAUGCGAUCUCACUCUACGACUCCAAGGAGUCGCCAAGGCUCGCCAAGAAGCCCUACUCAUCAACCCACUAUUUUCAAAGAUAAUGGCCCUCUCGGUCGAAGCUCAGGCUCUCAGAGUCGAUUCUCGAGGAUGCAAGGGGCUUCUGCUUCCACAGUGGGUUUCGGGAGAAGAUUGAGGUUGAAAUUCGUGGCUGGGAUGAGAUUUCUAGGGUUUUGGUUGAAGUUACAGGGGUUUGAGAUGAAGAAGAAACAUAUAGUUGGUACGAAAAAGAGGCGGUUUUGGAGUAUCAUUGGGGCUUUAGGGCUUGUGGCGACCUUCUUUUUGAUGAAUUGGUGGAUUCUUUUGAGAUUGCAGGAUGUUCCUUCAAGAAAACGUGAAGCUACUUUGAACCAGAGCUCAUUGUUUGAGGGGGAAUGGAUCAAGUCGUCUAAACAGAAUAGACCUCAGAAAGUUAUGUAUCCUCGCUUGUUGGCCUUGGCUGCCCAUGCUUUAGGAGAGGGUGUUCAUAAUCCUGAGCCUAAGGACUUAUGGGUGGAGCCAUUACAUUAUGAACCGGCUUGGGCUCCUUGUGCUGAUCAACGUAACUGGGAAGUUACUGUGGAAUCAAUGGACUCGAUGGUUCACUGUUGUCGUGACGUCAGCACUUCGAGCCUGUACAAAAAAUUUGGUGAAUCCCGUUUUAUGGUCAGAUCCGGGACGGUCCAGGUGUGCAAUGCCGUUGCUGUUUCUCGCUUGCUAAAUGCCACACUAGUAGUCCCUAAAUUUCUGUAUAGUAGUGUUUGGAGAGAUGAAAGCCAGUUCAGCGAUAUUUACCAGGAAGACCAUUUUAUCAACUACUUGAAAGAAGAUAUCAAGAUUGUUAAAGAACUCCCGGUGGAGCUGCAGUCAUUAGAUUUGGAAGCAAUUGGUAGUGUUGUUACAGAUAAUGAUAUCAUGAAGGAGUCCAAGCCAAGUUUUUUCCUAAGAAAGAUUCUCCCUCUUCUGAUACAAACACGGGUGGUUCACUUUGUAGGGUUUGGAAAUCGCUUAGCUUUCGACCCAAUACCAUUUGAAUUGCAGAAACUUCGAUGCAGAUGCAAUUUUCAUGCUCUUAUAUUUGUUCACAAAAUUCAAGAAGCCGGGGCUUUGAUAGUUCAAAGAAUGCAUCAAUAUGUUCCCCGAUGGGGUCCGAUAGAUCGAAACCUUUUGGGUCAUUUUGCAGUUGAUACAGAUGAGAAAGGGAAAAAUCACAUUCCAGUGAAAGCCUCGAAAUAUUUAGCUCUACACUUGCGGUUUGAAAUUGACAUGGUGGCUUACUCUAUGUGUGAAUUCGGCGGGGUAGAAGCUGAGAGAGAGGAACUUGAAUUAUAUCGAUCAAUUCAUUUUCCAGCUUUGUACCUUCUCAAAAAAAGCACAAUGCUACCUUCUCCUGAAGACCUGCGGUCUGAAGGAAGGUGUCCACUGACACCCGAAGAAGCCGUUCUUGUGCUUGCAGCUCUCGGAUUUAAACGUGAAUCACAUAUAUUUGUAGCAGGAGCACAUAUCUAUGGGGGCCAGUCACGGAUGGUUGCACUGACUAGUUUGUAUCCCAACUUAGUGACUAAAGAAGAUCUUCUUUCAUCAGAAGAGAUAAGGCCAUUCAAAAACUUUUCAUCUCAGCUUGCUGCCCUGGAUUUCAUAGGAUGUGCUGCUGCCGAUGCAUUUGCAAUGACUGACUCAGGGAGUCGGUUCUCAUCCCUUGUGUCAGGAUAUCGGAUGUACUAUGGUGGUGGUAAGCUACCCACUGUACGACCAAAUAAGCGUCGACUAGCUGGCAUCUUCGUCAAGAACAACAAAAUAGAGUGGAAAGUGUUUGAAAAGAGCGUGAGGAAAGCGGUUAGACAGAGUAAGAACGUUCACAUAAGGCCUGCUGGAAGGAAUAUCUAUCGGCAUCCUCUUUGUCCCGAGUGCAUGUGUAUGAUGGACUAACCUGUUUUUGUUCCUUGUAUUUAUAACCUUGUGUUCUUAAUGUGAAGAGAGGGUUGCCUUGUGUGUUGUUUUUGCCAA